UGCCAUCUGAUCGGGCUACGUUUAUUUAUUGACAUGUUUGCUUUUAUUGCAACUGAAACUGAGACUGAAGCUGAGGCAAAAGCUGUGGCGAAUCCCCCGAAACCGCUUGAGGAAGAUCAGAGCAAGCUCUGGCGACGUCUCGGCUCAUCUUGUCAAGCUUCGGCUGAGCCGCGUUGCUUGCCAUUUUACCAGUUAAUAUCUGCGUUGCUUUUCUAGCGCAAAACAGUCGAAAUUGUCAGCUCGUUGGCAGAGCAUCGCGCCAGCUCUCCCUUAUAUUUCUUUGAAUUUAAGUGCCCCCAAGGAAUCAAAAGGAUAUAUACACACACUCUUAAAAUGGCCAAAACAUUUAUCAGUGCUUUCCUGUGCCUAGCCAUGUUUGGCUCAAUGGCCGCCGCUGCAGGUGCCGCUUGCAGGGAGGCGAAUGGAACUGCUCCCGUGUCCGGAUCCUGCGAUGCCUACAUCGAGUGCAAGAAUGGCGUGGCCGAGGAGAAGCUCUGUCCCGAUGGUCUGCUGUACAAUGAGAAGUCCACCGGCUAUCCCUGCGGCUAUCCCAUCGAUGUGGAGUGCUCUCAGGGCCAGGCCCGCCUGCAGGCUGCCCAGCCCACGGAGGAUUGCCCUCAUCAGUUCGGUUACUACCGCAUGGGUGAUGCCAGCCACUGUGGUCAGUUCAUGAACUGUGCGGCCGGCCGAGGCUUUGUGUUUGACUGCCCCGAGGGUCUGGCCUGGAACCCGGCCACCUACAAGUGCGAUUGGCCCGAUCAGGUUGAGGAUUGCGAUGCCGAGGCCUUCCUGGGCUUCAGGUGCCCGGCCCCUGCACCCAAGUCAGAGCUGCUGGGCGAGCAGGAGGCGGACUAUACCUUCCAUCCCUCGCAGGACAAUUGCCAGGUUUACUUCAUCUGCAUUGAGGGACGCCCACGCCGCAUUGGCUGUGGCGAGGAUCAGGCUUUUAACCAGGAGCUAAAGCAGUGCGAUGACAUCGACAAUGUGCCCAACUGCAGCAGUGCCAUUCGCGAGAAGGGUGCCCAGAUCAAGGCCGCCCGCCAGCAUGCCAAGAAGAACUAAGUCCCGAAGAGGCAAAGUCGAAGUCGAACAGGCCAUAUAUGUAUAUAAGGCAACAGGUUGCUCGAGUUUUCUAGUCUGUAGUUAAAGAUCUUGGCAAAAAAUUGUUAGUUCACAUUUUGCUUGUCACAAUAAUAAAAAAAAAGACGUUUUUAAAAAAAAAGAAAA